AUAAGGAAAGAGAGGAAAUUAGUUAAAGGAUGAAGUGCAAGAUGAGACAUUUAUGGUAAAAGAGAAGUUCUAGAAUAGAACUGUUGCUGGGGUCGGUACCAAAAGACACAGGGAAGCACAACUUUGGUUGCAAAUCAAUGUCAUAACCUCAAACUCAGAUCCAAACUGCAUAGGAACUUAACUACCCUUACCCAACAUCAUCUCAUUUUUUUUCUUCCUGCUUUCUCUCUCUUACCUCGUAUUUGGACUAAGCUCAGUUCGGUGGUUGCGUCAUGCCACUGUGUCUGUGACCCUCAAAAGCCACCAACGAAACCGCAUGACGGGGUGUUUUGCUUGUUCCACAGUUCGGGUGGUACCAGGUUUCCACAGGUUGCAUUUGAUUAGCUGCCGCUUUAUUUUGAAUAUAAAAAGGAAGAGAAAAUGAGGACGAGGAACAAAUACAGGAAACCUACGAUACUAGGUUGCAAUGCAGGGAGCAGAUAUUCAACGUCUGUUGUGGUAUUGAGCUUGUUAGGAUGCUUGAUUUUGCUUCAUUUAUAUACCUAUAUCCAUCACACAGAUAGAACUGGUGGACAGUCUCAACUGCGCUUGAACCAUCAUCCCCAAUUCAUUGAACUUCAAGAGGUUGAAGAGGAGAACAUUCAAAUCCCCCCACCAAAGGGAAAGAGGUCUCCUCGAGCAGCAAAACGCAGACCCAAGCGGACAACAACACUAAUUGACGAAUUCCUGGACGAAAAUUCCCAACUUAGACAUGUGUUUUUUCCUGGUCAUAAAAAAACCAUAGAUCCAAUACAGACUCCUGCAAAUGAAAGUUAUUACUAUUACCCUGGGAGAAUUUGGUUGGAUACCGAUGGAAAUCCUAUUCAAGCUCAUGGAGGCGGCAUUGUCUAUGAUAAAAAAUCAAGAACAUACUAUUGGUAUGGUGAAUAUAAAGAUGGACCUACCUACCAAGUUCACAAGAAAGGAGCUGCUCGGGUGGACAUUAUUGGAGUUGGUUGCUAUUCUUCGAAGGAUUUGUGGACAUGGAAACAUGAGGGGAUUGUAUUGGCAGCAGAUGAAACAAAUGAAACCCAUGAUCUGCACACGUCUAAUGUGCUUGAGAGGCCAAAAGUUAUUUACAACGAGAGGACCGGAAAGUAUGUGAUGUGGAUGCAUAUUGAUGAUGCCAACUACACGAAAGCAGCUGCUGGAGUAGCAAUCAGUGACACACCUGAUGGACCAUUUGAUUAUCUCGGCAGCCAAAGACCCCAUGGAUAUGAAAGCAGGGAUAUGACAGUGUUCAAAGACGAUGAUGGCACGGCAUAUCUUAUCUACUCCUCCGAAGACAACAGUGAACUGCACAUCGGACCCCUUACUGAAGAUUAUCUGAACGUGACAUCUGUGAUGAGAAGGAUUCUUGUGGGACAACACAGAGAAGCUCCAGCUUUGUUCAAACACGAGGGCACAUAUUACAUGAUCACUUCAGGCUGCACAGGAUGGGCGCCAAAUGAGGCGCUGGCUCAUGCAGCCGAGUCCAUUUUGGGGCCUUGGGAAACAAUUGGGAAUCCAUGCAUCGGAGGAAACAAAAUGUUUAGGCUUACAACCUUCUUUGCUCAGAGCACUUUUGUGCUUCCUCUACCUGGCUUCCCUGGUUCAUUCAUUUUCAUGGCGGAUCGGUGGAAUCCGGCCGACUUAAGAGACUCCAGAUACGUGUGGUUGCCUAUGAUAGUGGCAGGACCUGUUGAUCACCCUCUUGAGUACAGCUUUGAAUUCCCUCUGUGGUCGAGAGUGUCUAUCUAUUGGCACAGAAAAUGGAGAUUGCCUCACGGCUCGAGCGGCUUCUAAUAAUGUAACUUCUCUUUGUACAUUGUCAUAUACAAACAUUUUAUAUACGGUUAUAUACCUUACCCCGUUUUGCAUGUCAAGUUGGAAAGCUCACUUCUAUCAAGACUAUCGGACAUGGAAACCUAAGUCUCAAUAAUUUGCUCACUUUAAUUUAGGCUAUGUUGAGAUUAGAUCGAGGGAGCGCAUGUAUACCGAGAAAGAUUAUCCACUUCAUUGGAAUUUUGCUAAUAAUCCAGCGUUGUUCAUCACUUGUGUCACGGCAUCAUGUAAUUAUUUCUCACUUAUGUAAAUGAUUCUUUCACGUGUGUACUUUUUACAA